AUGGCUGCCAAGAGCAGCGAUGGCUCAUUAAUCAUUACUGAAAGUAUAGAGAUUUUAUUGAAAACUCUUGAAGACAUAGAAAGAAGAAAUGUUCACCUACAGAAGCUUUGCUGUGCAAGAAAAAAACUAUUCAAACCUUGGCCACGAAAGAAGAAUGGAGAUACAGAGACAGUGGAGAAAGAAAGUGAUGUUGUCCAGGCUAAUGGCCAGUGCAAAGAUACCCUUACGUCUACUGAAAUAUCUGACUUGGCCAUGAUGGAGAAGAUGCUAUCGAAAGCUCAAACAGCUCGGGAGGUCCAGCAGAGGAUUAAAGAAUCAGGACGAACCAAAAAGCCUAACUUACAAGGUAAAAAGGGAGACAAUUCGACAAAUGGUUCCUUGAAGGGUUCAAAACCGGACUCUGUGCAAAGUGAUAGUCCUACUGUUGAACCAUCUGUCAACAAUCCCACAAAGAAAACUAUGAAUGAAAAAAUGACUGAUAAUUCUGGAAAAGGAACAAACUCCAAGUCUCAAGGAGAUCAUUUUGCUCCAAAAUCUUCAACCACACGCCAAGACCUAGGUCGAAGUCAACGUGGCAGGUCUGCUGGGAGGGUGUCAUCCAGUGCUGUUAUACGAGGAGGGAAGAAGGUUGUGGCAGCACAUUUAACUGCUCCAUUUCAGACAAAUCCACGUCUUUCCAUUCCAAAACGACAGGUUGAAAAACGUAUAUCCUCAGGUGCUAAAUGUAAGACUGUUAUUCCUUCUCAGACGAAAUCUUCUUUUCCAUCUAAAAAAUCAGCCAUGUCUGCACAACGUAGUUCUGGUGCUGUCGAGAAAAAAACUAGUAUUGGUGCUGUUGAGAAAAAAGCUGGGGAAGACAAUCUUAUAUUUAAAAAAGAGAGUGAAAUCACAGAGGAAGUUGAAAAGACUGUUGAUGAUAUGUCUAGUGAUGACAGAACAACAUCUGCUCACAACAGCAGUAUUGAAUCUUACCAGUCAAAAGACCAAGAGGAGGAAAUGUUCGUUAAUGCCAAACAGAAUUUGGUUGUAGAAAAACUUGGAAACCUUAAAGUGAAUGAUGAACCAGAUACACAAGAGACCGAAAAGGAUAAGAGAUUUUCUCUGCUAACUGAUGGGAAAAAGCUGUCAAUACCUGGUAAACUUCGCAGACUAUAUGCCAGUAAUGUAAGAUUAAGAGAGAAGAUGAAACUACAGAGAAUGACCCAAAAGGUGGAUGCCUGCACAAGUCGUCAGGAGUUUUUGUCCAAAGUUGAAUCUAUGUUUGAGUGGAGUGAAGCUCAGAGUGUGGGGAGAAAAGUAACAGCCAUCAUCAAUAUCUACACCAAUCUACUGCAGCUUCUUAGUGAUCUUGAUCUCAGAGACACAGCUGACACCUGGUCCUGCUAUGAUGUGUUGCGAGCUAGAAGUCUCGUGGAGUUUAUAUUGACUGUGUUCUAUAAAACAGAGGAGGAAAGACUUAAGUUUAAUCCAGAUAUAUUAUCAAGCAUUGCCUGUGAUGGGAGACAACUUCCUGUUCAAGUUACUCUUCCACAUGUUCCUUUUACAUCACAGUUCUGGUCACCAGCUUCCAUUAAAUUAGAUCCUUGUGUUUAUAAUACUUUGUCCAGACCCAAUAACUGCCUGCAAUACAAGAGUUCACGAGAUCUCGAUCGAUACAUGAAUCUUGUCUUCCAAAUCCAGUAUGAGCAUCUGCAGCUAAGACUGUUGGAUACCAUAGCAACAAAAGCGUUACCCAUGUUGAGAAGUGGACACUACCAACCUAGUGAGACGGUCAGGAUGUUCCGGUCGCUGUAUUCAAUACUUAGCUCAAACAAAUCUUUCCCUGUGAUAGUCAAAGAUACAAUACAAGAGCUGCAGGAGUCUGAGGAAAAUACAUAAACUUUUCCAUGAUGUGAUAAAAUUAUGUUAACAACUUCUAAAUAUUAGAAUAUAACAGUUUAAUCAUAUCAUUGUAGGUUUUGUAAUGGGUAAUUUCAUUUUGCAAUGAAUCAGAUUCAUCUUAUGAU